AUAAACGGGCGCCAUGGAUUGGGGGACCCUGCACACGUUCAUCGGGGGUGUAAACAAACACUCCACCAACAUUGGGAAGGUGUGGAUCACAGUCAUCUUUAUUUUCCGCGUCAUGAUCCUUGUGGUGGCUGCCCAGGAAGUGUGGGGGGACGAACAGGAAGACUUUGUCUGCAACACUCUGCAGCCGGGGUGCAAAAACGUGUGCUACGACCACUUCUUCCCCGUGUCCCACAUCCGGCUCUGGGCCCUGCAGCUGAUCUUCGUGUCCACCCCGGCGCUGCUGGUGGCCAUGCACGUGGCCUACUACAGGCACGAAACGGCCCGCAAGUUCAGGCGCGGAGAGAAAAGGAACGAAUUCAAAGACGUGGAGGACAUUAAAAAGCAGAAGGUUCGGAUUGAGGGGUCGCUGUGGUGGACGUACGCCAGCAGCAUCUUUUUCCGAAUCAUCUUCGAGGCCUCCUUUAUGUACGUGUUUUAUUUCCUUUACAACGGGUACCACCUGCCCUGGGUGUUGAAAUGCGGGAUUGAACCCUGCCCCAAUCUUGUGGACUGCUUCAUUUCUAGGCCAACGGAGAAAACCGUGUUUACCAUUUUCAUGAUUUCUGCGUCUGUGAUCUGCAUGCUGCUUAAUGUGGCCGAGUUGUGUUACCUGCUGCUGAAAGUAUGUUUUAGGAGAUCAAAAAGGGCACAGACACAAAGAAAUCACCCCAACCAUACCCUAAAAGAGAGUAAGCAAAAUGAAAUGAAUGAGCUGAUUUCAGAUAGUGGUCAAAAUGCAAUCACAGGUUUUCCAAGUUAAACACUUCAAGGUAAAAUGUAGCUGAGUCACCACAAAACAUCCGUCUUCCCCAGAAGGCAGUGCCAACCUGAAAAUUCCUUCUGUAGGCCGAAGAGUUUGUCUUUCUCCAUGACUCUCAUAAUAAAUAGAUACUUGGGUUAACUUUUUGUAGAAUACUCAUGCCAUUCAUAUGCAAUGUAAUCAAAUGUGUGGUCCAUCUCAGAAAACAAAAGAUUGACAGCUGAGCCUCGAAGUCACUUUGCCGUGUUGGUUUUAUGUGGACUGACAUAGUGGGUACUUCCUAAAAGUUUAGUAACUGUUGUUGAUAAAGAACAUUUAUCUAGAAAUUGGUACUUUUUAUUAGCAAAAGAUAUUUUUAUAGGAUUGAAAUGUUUUUAGUUCUGACUUGGAAUUUAUAUAAAGUAUUUUUGUAAUGACUGGUCUUCCUUACCUGGAAAAACAUAAAACAAUGUUAAGUUUAGAAUUACGCCACAAGUAUCUGAAUUUUGAACUUAGAAAGGGUCUGUCUUGUUGUAAAUAUUGUUUUGCAUUGUCUGUUGGCAAAUUUAUGAACUGUCAUGACACUCUUAAGGUGGAAAGUGUUCGCCGUAUCAUAUAUUUUUACUGCUUUCUGAAUGUAGAGGAGUGGUACGGAAGUGGGAAGCUUUUCUAAACUAGCCUAUUUGCCAAUCAUUGUGAACACCUGAAAUGUGAAUGUGAUCUCAAUAAAGCUUGGCCCCAUUGCCUACGCCU